AGUCCCUGUAGCACCAGCGCAGUGAGUGCAGUGACUAGUGCCCGACCCAACCCGAGCCACCAAACAGCCACCAUGUUCAAGCUGAUCGUCCUGUGCGCUGCCGUCGCCAUGGCCUCGGCCGGCUACUUGGAGCCCGCCAUCUCCUCGUACGGCUACACCACCUCGACCGUGCUCAAGGCACCCAUCGCCCACGUGGCGCCCGUCGCCUACCACGCGCCUAUCGCCUACCACGCGCCCGUCGUCUACAAGGCCCCCGUCGCCACCUCCUACCAGUCCUUCACCAAGAUCGACAAGCCCGCAUACGCCAUCGCCCCCGUCCACUACGCCACCCCCAUCGUCAAGUACGCCCCCGCUAUCUCCUACGCGCACGCCCCCCUCGCCUACAGCGCCCCCUACGCCUACGGCCACCACCUGUACCGCUGAUCUCAUGAAUAAACUGACGCCCUGAUAAGCUA